CGACCGUGUUUCUGGUCUGGACCAGCAGUGCGCUGCCUCGGCUGUCCUUAGUAGUACGCAUCUUAUGUUUCUGCUUCAUUCGGAGAGAUAGUAGGGGGAUAGAUCACGCUUUCUCAUUGUGCAUGCCAGGAGGAGAGGAUACAAUCACCAGUCAACGGCAGAUUAUUAGAAAUAAAGACAUUUCCCUAAUGGUAUCAUACACUAAUCAAACGGAGACAUGUGGAAUUGUAUGGGGAUUUCGAAGUGUCUGUCAAUAGUGUGUCUUCUGAUGGUGUGGACUGAGGUGUCCCAGUCUUCGGGCUCUUUUGAGCUGCAGUUGAUUGCUGUACAGAACGCUAACGGUCAGUUGUCGGACGGGGACUGCUGCGACGGAGAAAGGAACGCGCAGGAUCUCCACUGUAGCAGGGAUGAGUGUGAUACGUACUUCAGAGUGUGUCUAAAGGAAUACCAAACGGAGGUCACGACCUCAGGCUUGUGCAUCUAUGGAACUGGAUCUACUAACGUUAUCGGUGGGAAUACUUUUCAAUUUAAGAGCACCAAAAACAACCAAAACCGAAUCAACGACGGUGGAAAGAUUGUCAUCCCAUUCCAGUUCGCUUGGCCGCGGGCGUACACUCUGAUUGUGGAAGCGUGGGACUGGGACAAUGGUACACACAGCAGCAGUGGUGAGGAUCUGUUAAUUGAGCGGAGUGUCCGUAAAGGAAUGAUCAACCCUGGCGAUGACAGGCAGACUAUCCAACACAACGGUCCUACGGCCAACUUUGAGUAUAACAUCCGUGUGCGCUGUGACGAGAACUACUAUGGCAACAAGUGUAACAAGCAGUGCCGGCCACGCAAUGAUGACUAUGGCCACUACGUGUGUGACCAGUUUGGGAACAGAGGCUGUUUGGAGGGCUGGAUGGGCCCUUACUGUACAGCUGCUAUCUGCAAGCAGGGCUGUAACCUGCUGCAAGGAUUCUGCAAUGCCCCAGGAGAAUGCAUGUGUAAAUACGGUUGGCAGGGUCCGUUCUGUGACGACUGCCUGCCCUACCCAGGCUGUGUCCAUGGGACCUGCGUCAAGCCCUGGCUGUGCAGCUGUGAGAAGAACUGGGGAGGCCUGCUGUGUGACAAAGAUUUGAACUACUGUGGGACGAACAAGCCGUGUAAGAACGGAGGAACGUGUAUGAACUCAGAGCCAGAUGAAUACAACUGUGCCUGUUCUGACAGCUACUCGGGCAAGAACUGUGAGAUAGUGGAACACUCAUGUGUGUCCAACCCUUGUGCCAACGGGGGCACCUGCCAUGAGAUCCCGUCUGGGUUUGAGUGCCACUGUCCUGCAGGCUGGUCAGGGCCCACCUGCGCUAAAGACAUGGACGAGUGUGCGUCUAACCCCUGUGCUCAGGGUGGGACCUGCAUCGACAUGGAGAACGGAUUUGAGUGCCUCUGCCCCCCACAGUGGGCUGGGAAGACCUGCCAGAUAGACGCUAAUGAGUGUAUGGGGAACCCAUGCCUCAAUGCUUACUCUUGCAAAAACUUGAUUGGUGGAUAUCACUGUGCCUGCUUUCGAGGAUGGGCCGGCCAGAACUGUGACAUCAAUGUCAACAGCUGCCAUGGACUGUGUCAGAAUGGAGCGACUUGCAAGGAGGGGCGAAGAGGCUACGUGUGUGCCUGCUUACCGGGGUUUGUGGGCUGGCACUGUGAGGUCCAGAGGAACAGCUGUGCCAGCGGCCCGUGUAGAAACGGGGGCAGGUGCCACACCCUGCUGGACGGCUUCAUGUGUGAGUGCCCACAAGGAUACACUGGCACUACCUGUGAGGUGCAGAGUAACCCGUGCAGCCCUAACCCUUGCCAGAACAAGGCCCAGUGCCACAGUCUGAUGGAAGACUUCUACUGUGCCUGUCCUGAUGACUAUGAGGGCAAGACCUGCUCUGAGCUCAAGGACCACUGCAAGACCUAUCCCUGUGAAGUGAUUGACAGUUGUACUGUCGCUGUGGCCACCAACGACACACAGGAAGGGGUGUGGUACAUCUCGUCCAAUGUGUGCGGCCCCCACGGACGCUGCAUCAGCCAACCUGCUGGGAACUUCACCUGUUCCUGUGAACCGGGCUUCGCUGGAACAUACUGUCACGAGAAUGUAAACGACUGUGUGUCGUCUCCCUGUAAGAACGGAGGAACUUGCAUCGACGGGAUCAGCUCUUUCCAGUGCUUUUGCCCUGACGGCUGGGAGGGCAUGCUGUGUGUCAUGGAUGUGAAUGAGUGCAGUAGGAACCCCUGUAAGAACGGAGGUCGCUGUGUGGACCUGGUCAAUGACUUCUACUGUCAAUGCCAGGACAACUGGAAGGGCAAGACCUGCCACUCACGUGAGAGCCAGUGUGACUCCAGUACCUGUAGUAAUGGGGGGACGUGCUUUGACCACGGGGACACCUUUCGCUGUACCUGUUUGUCAGGGUGGGGCGGCAGCACCUGCAACAUAGGCAAGAACAGCACGUGUGACUCUAACCCAUGUGAGAACAGAGGGACCUGUGUCGGAGGGGGUGAUGCCUACACCUGCAUCUGCAAGGAUGGCUGGGAGGGGCCCACAUGUGCUCAGAAUACUAAUGACUGCAAACCUACCCCCUGCUAUAACAGUGGUGUCUGUGUGGAUGGUGUGAACUGGUUCCGCUGUGAGUGUGCCCCAGGAUUCGCCGGACCAGACUGCCGGAUCAACAUAGAUGAGUGCCAGACGUCUCCCUGUGCCUAUGGUUCUACCUGUGUGGAUGAGAUCAACAGCUUCCGCUGUGUGUGUCCCCUGGGCUGGGCUGGGCCUCGCUGCCAAGAGUUCAUAGGGAUCGGGAAGGUCUGUCGUUACUCCGGCCUGCAGUUCCCUCAUGGCAGUCAAUGGGAGGAGGAGUGUAAUACCUGCCAGUGUGUCAACGGCAGUGUGCGCUGUUCUAAGGUGCAGUGUGGCCGACGGCCCUGUCUGCUCCAUAGAGUUGCUUCCGGUCCAGACAGCAUUGCCCCCUGUCCUAGAGGACAGGAGUGUGUAGAGCACAAAUUCCUCACCUGCUUCGCCCCGCCAUGCCACCAGUGGGGCGUGUGUUCUACCCCUGACCCCCCACCGGCCCUCCACACUCAGUGUGAACCCAACUGUGGUUAUUUGGACAACAGCUGUGCCCGCAUCACACUCAUCUUCAAUAGAGACAAAGUUCCACAGGGUACCAUUGUGGAGAACAUCUGUUUGGAGCUGAGGUACCUUCCCAUCACCCAGACCCUGGCUAAGGAACGUACGCUCCUCAUUCUCUGUGACCUGUCCUACUCCAACAGUGAGGCCGUGGAGGUUGCCAUGUCUUAUGAUCAGGAUGGUCAGGAGCGGGAUGGAAACCGUGAUCAGAUUCAGGAGGCUGCCAGUGCCAUCAUCGGUGCCCUGUCCAAACGACACAACAGCACUGUCAUGCUGGCCGUGGUGGAGGUCAAAGUGGAGACGCAGGUCAUGCCCCAGUCUGUGGACCACCUGGUACCAGUGCUGUGCGUGGUGUUCAGUGUGCUGUGGAUCUUCUGCAUCGUGGUGUGUGUGUGGUGGACCCGUAAGAGGAAAAAAGAGCGUGAGAGAGAGUCUGCAGUGGAGGACAGCACUGUCAAUAACCUUCUGGAGCCACUGAGGGUCAUCUUGCCACAGCGCAUAGACAACCUAGACAAAGACAUUCAGUACGAAUGCAAGAAACUCAUGAGCCCUCCAGACCGGACGUGUGACGGGGCUGAGGGAGAGGAGGAAGAGGAGCUGAGGGGAGGGAUGGAGCUAGACAAGUGCUCCACACAAAAGUGCUCAUUGGCAGGAGUGCAGGACAGAGUGAUGUGCAAAGGGGGGGUGAUCUGUACGAUGCGUAGCACCACUGUUAAAACCCCCCACCGGACAGUGCACAGUCCCAAAGACAACCGGUGUAAAAACCUCAGCGCUGCCAACUUCAGUGAGGAUGUCAAAGAUCAUUAUGUAUGAGCACGGCUAGAGGUGGGACUUUUCCAAACUAAAGAUGAUGUCUCUAUGUAAUAGAAAAAGACAAGCACCAAUAGUAAAGAUUUAAGACAUGUUUUACAUUUCAUUUGACUUUAUUCUCUGCAACAUGGAGCCUUCUUAUUUACUUAAAACAUUGCAAAUUCACAUCUCAGUAACCAAAAGAGACCUUCAUUUUUUUCCUUUCUUUGUUUGGUUUACAAAUUGUUGUUUCCUUUAAAGGAGAGACCUUUUUUUCACAUUGUGUCACUGAGAAGAUUGUGUAUCAUGUGACUUUGGCGAGAGCACUGCCAUUGGAGGCAGGCGUUGCACUACUACAUUACUACUAGUGCAUUUAGUCCUAAUCUGCCUUAACCCGUACUGUGGGCAUUUACUUUGUUCUCUUGGUAUAAUAAUGUAAUUUGUAUAAGUAAAAUUAUGUAAAAGGUUUUAGAUGUAUAUAUAUACACUACCGGUCAAAAGUUUUAGAACAUCUACUCAUUCAAGGGUUUUUCUUUAUUUUUACUAUUUUCUACAUUGUAGAAUAAUAGUGAUUACAUCAAAACUAUGAAAU